AUGACAGUCUUAUCUGUUCUUCUCUUCAUAUCUUUUCUUGCACUAUUCGGCACGGCUGUUGCUCAGAUCCCGAGUGACUUACCGAUCGGCGAUAGGGAAAAGCAGUAUCUCGAAGGCUUGCCCCCGGAUAAGCAGGCUGCGAUUCUUGAGAUCUACAUGAAAGGAAUUGAAGGCCAGAUUCCUGCAUCACCUGAUACUAUUGCGGCCCAGGAGCUCAACUGGAGCUAUGGGCGAAGCCCCCCGGUGUAUCCAACCCCACCGGGUAAGGGACUCGGAAGUUGGUCCAAGGCCUAUCAAGAAGCAUCAGGCCUUGUAGCUCAGAUGACAAUGGAUGAGAAGGUAGCUGUGGUGUCUGGCCAGACCAAUGUCACGAAUAAGUGCGCUGGUAUGAUCCCAGGCGUACAGCGCCUCGGCUUUCCAGGAACCUGUGUCCACGAUGGUCCUAAUGGACUUCACGGCGCUGAGGCCGUUAACGGCUAUGCGUCAGCAAUUACGGUUGGUGCGGCAUGGAACAAAGAGCUAGCUCUUGCGCGCGGUUACCACAUGGGACUGGAAGCCAAGAUCAAGGGAGUGAACAACUUGUUGGCCCCGACUAUAGGUCCACUUGGUCGCACCGUCCUCGGCGGCAGAAACUGGGAAUCCUUUUCAGUCGAUCCUUAUCUCUGUGGUGUCAUGGGCGCCCAGACUGUAUUAGGUUUGCAGAAGAACGUCAUCGCAACAGCCAAACACUUCAUCGCUAACGAGCAGGAAACCAACCGCCAGCCCAGCACGCUCGGCAUGGGCAACGCUUCGAUUUCAGCAUUGGUAGACGAUCGGACGAUGCAUGAACUAUAUCUCUGGCCGUUCCAGGAUGCAGUCAGGGCUGGCGUCGGAUCGGUUAUGUGCUCAUACAACCGAAUCAACGGCUCGCAUGGCUGCCAGAACAGCUAUAUGCAGAACGGCAUAUUAAAGGGCGAGUUGGGCUUUCAAGGUUUUGUCAUCAGUGACUAUGGAGCUCUGCAUAGUGGAAUUGCUAGCGCCAACGCUGGUAUGGACGUGACAACGCCUUUCAACGAGGUAUGGGGGUCAAACCUCAGCAAGGCGAUUGCAAACGGCACAAUGGAAGAAGGCAGGCUUGAUGAUAUGGUAACUCGCAUCCUCGCGACUUGGUUCAAGUACGCCCCAUUCGAGCCCGGUACUGGCAUGCCCCUCGAUGAAUCAGCGCCCCAUCAAGUGAUCAGCGGCAUCUCUCCCAAGUCCAAGAAAACGAUCCUACAAGGCGCUGUCGAAGGUAUCGUCUUGGUAAAGAAUCUCAACAACACUCUUCCCCUCAAGAAGCCAAAGAUCCUGUCUUUGUUCGGCUACGACGCCCAUGCGCCUCUGACAAACACCCCAGAGGGUCUCAACAGUAAGCAAAGUCUCGGAUUCCAGAGCGUCAACGUCACGGAUGAGGAGAUGCAAGGGCUCUUCGUCGGUAUUGGACAGCUUCCUGCCGCUGCCCGCCUCGGAACGCUUCUGAGCGGUGGCGGUAGCCCUUCAAUCGUACCCGCCUACAUCAACUCCCCCCAUGAAGCUUUCCAGCAACGCGCAGCGCAAGACGGCACUUUUUUGGUCUGGGAUUUUGAAUCGCAGGACCCUGUCUAUGAAAUUCCCGCUUCUGACGCCUGUAUCGUCUUUAUCAACGAAUUCGCUGCGGAGGGAUCUGAUAGAUCAACUCUGGCUGAUGCCUGGUCUGACGACCUGGUCAAGAACGUCGCCGCCAAGUGUCCCAAUACCAUCGUAUCAAUCCACAACGCCGGUACUAGGUUGGUUGACCAAUGGAUUGAGAAUCCAAACAUUACCGCCGUCGUCUUCGCUCACCUGCCAGGACAAGACGCAGGGAGGUCGCUGGUUGAAGUCAUGUAUGGUGAUCAAGCCCCCUCAGGCCGCCUGCCGUACACAGUCGCCAAGAACGAGUCCGACUACGGCGAUUUGCUGCUACCCGUGACAGCCAACAAUGCAUCCAACUAUUACACAUCGGCCAACUUCACUGAAGGUGUCUACAUCGACUAUCGCCGGUUUGAUGCCCUCAAUAUCACUCCAAGAUUUGAGUUCGGCUUCGGCCUCACUUACACGACUUUCGAGUACGCUGGCCUCAAACUGAACCUCACCGCGCAAGGUUCUAACGCAUCAACCCUCCCUCCCUCGACGCCUGUUUCCGAGGGUGGGUUUGAGUCACUUUGGGACAUAUUGGUUACCAUCCAGAUAGAUGUCAAGAACACCGGUGACAUGGCUGCUUUCGAGGUUCCUCAACUCUAUAUCGGCAUUCCGGAUGCUCCAGCGAAGCAGUUGCGCGGAUUCGAGAAGGUGCUUCUUAAGCCGCGGGAGACCAAGACAGUCAAAUUCUCUCUCACACGUAGGGAUUUGAGUGUUUGGGAUGUUGUUAGACAGAAUUGGGUCCUUCAAGAUGGGGAGUACAAGGUGUACGUCGGUGCUAGCAGUCGCGAUGUACGUCUGAUGGAGACGUUGGCUCUAUGA